AGUCACUGGUGGUUACCUUAACAGCACAGUAAGGGAAGCGUCUGUUUAAAAUACGAAAGUAAAAGAAAAAAAAUAUCAAUUUCAAAAUUAAUUCAUUGUGCCCUUGAGACUGAUAUUUCAUAGCAGUAAGAAGAGGAAAUUGUGAGGAAUGAAGAAUGUGGAAGCUGAAGAUCGCCGACAGAGUUGAGCACCUAAUUUGGCAUGGGCGGGGUGCGCGGAGACUUUGCCUUCUCGUCCCUUUUUUAAAGCUGAACCUAGACAGAAGCGCAGGCAGCCGCCGAAUCGCUCCACAGCCCUCGGCCGGGAUCCGGAGAAGACUUUAAAGGCCAUCUUGGGAGACCUCGUGUUGAGUUCAGAUUCGCUGAAGACUUAAAGCGCUUCACUGGGUAAAGAAUCCUCACGUGACAUUCGGCGAACCGAUACUGCAAGCCAGCGCUGGAGCAGAAAUACUGAACCGGUGCCUCUGGAAACUCCUCAAGAACGUCAGCAAAGUCUGGAUCCUCCUGAACAGCAGAUCUAACCCUCUUUGGCCGUCGCCUGUAUCUCCUCUGUACCCCGCCUGCAGCCUUAGACUCCCUCGCAACAUGCCGCUGGUCGUGGUCCGCUCGUCCCCGCUGCUGUGGGUGCGCCUGGCCGCCCUGAUCUUCUCCUGCGUGGCCUUCAGCGUGGCCGUUCACGGGGCGGGGCUGCACUCCAGGACGGCCGACUGGUGCAUCUUCUGCUGGAGCUUCAGCUUCGCCGGCACGCUGCUGGUGCUGCUGGUGGAGCUGUUCGGCCUGCAGACCCGCGCGCCCGUCUCCUGGAAGAACUUCCCCAUCACGUUCGCGUGCUACGCCUCGCUGCUGUGCCUCUCCGCCUCCGUCAUCUUCCCCCUGUACUUCCUGAAGGGCUACCCCCGGGGCCGGAGGGAGUACGACUUCCGCGUGGUCUCCACCGUCUUCUCCUGCCUGGCCACCGUGGCCUACGUGAGCGAGGUCAGCAUCAGCAAGGCGCGGCCCGGCGAGGUGUCCGGCUACAUGGCCACCGCUCCCGGGCUGCUCAAGGUGUGCGAGACCUUUGUGGCCUGCAUCAUCUUCGUCUUCAUCAGCGAGCCGAUCUCCUACGAUCAGCACCCGGCCCUGCAGUGGUGCCUGGCCGUCUACUGCAUCUGCUUCAUCCUGUCGGCCGCCAUCAUCGUGCUGUGCGUGGGCGAGUGCACAGGCUGCCUGCCGUUCCCCUUCGCCCGCUUCCUGUCUGCCUACGCCCUGCUCGCCGUGCUCAUGUACCUGUCCGCCACCAUCAUCUGGCCCAUCUUCAAGUUCGACAAGAACCACGGCGGCACCACGUACCGCCCGGCCCAGUGCGGCUCCCAGCCAGGGUUCUGUGCCUUCGACAAGCUGGUGGCCGUGGCUGUGCUCACCGCCCUCAACUUCAUCCUCUACCUGGCCGACCUGAUCUACUCCGCCCGCCUGGUCUUUGUCACCGUGUAGGCGCAGGCGGGGGGGGGAUGUGCAGAGUUGUGCGAAGGAGAGUAUAAGCUGUUUUAAUAUGCUGGCUUUAGCUUUAAACUUCCCAGGUUCCGCAAAAUAUUUGCCUUUUGCCUUACAGACAUCGCAGCAUAUACAUCACCUUAGAUAUUUAAGCAUUUUUUAAAUUGAUUAUACUUUGGUUAUUUGUUGUUACUGUUAGCAAAAUGUCACUGUGUCCCUGGGAGAGAUCCAAGACCUGUAUGACGUUGUUGUUAUUGCUGUUUUAUCACAGAACUUUUUUUAUAUUGUUUUUUUUAACAACCGUGGGCCAUAAUAUGUUAAAUCCUGAGUUCUUAAGAGUUGUAAUACAUUUUAUAUAAAGAAAAUCACUCAGAGAAGGCCGUAGACUUCUGUGAUAGUUUUAAAGUGUUCAAGUUUACAGUAAAUACAUGUAUUCACAUGAACUUGAAUAAUGCAUUUAUGAGGUUGUGCGAUUGCUUAUUCUUAGUAUUUCUUAAAUAACCCGUUUUUAAGCGUAUGAGAGUGAAGUUAUGAAUUUAAAUCACGUUCUUGAACACCUGUCCAUCUUGAUGCGUGUGUUUGUCUUGAUCACUGCCACCCAAAGAUCACAGCCCAGUACCCCGGGGCGCUGUUGAGUCCUUAGAUUAUACAGUUAUAUACGGGGUGAAAUAUAUAUGUUAACACCAGUACUGCCGGAUCUUCCUUUGUAUGAGAUAUGGUCCUUGUCAUCUUUAGCGUUUCCCAUUCAAGGUUUAACUAUGCAGGUAAACGAGGCGGAUCUGUCGUGUUAUUUUUAUUACUGUAAAUGUUUGUGUGUUUUCCCAGAAGUAUGAACACGGUCAUUUUUCGCCAUUGAAGUUACUCACCAGCUUGUUAAUUUUUCAGCGGUUAAAAACUUUAGAGAAAUGGUUUUAUUCCCCGAUAUAAUCGGGAAAGUGUAUCGUGACCCAGGAACAAAAAGAUACCCAUUUGUGAUUUUACUGUGCUUUUUAUUCGGCAGGAAAAAGGUACCAGCCGUUAACUGUUAAGAUGAAUGUGCUGACAUUGUAUUUUUGUUUUUCUUUAAAUGGGUUAUAAGUGGCAGCUACCAGCGCAAAUGACUUUUCAUCAAUUUCAAGGACCCUUAUAAACGUGUCCCAAUGAAGGAUUUGUCGGCAUUGGAAAACCAUGGACAGAGUGCUAUAAAAUGUACCGAUGUUGCAAAACAAGGUGCCUAAUGAUUUUUUGAAGGCGAUUUAAACAAAGAAACGUCGCCUCAGUUCGCUUCUGUCGGUGUUUACGGCUGUACCAAUAACCUGAGCAUUCUGUGUACUUUACACCAGUGUUAGUGUUGCAAGUCAGUGUUAAAUAAAGGCCACACCAGGAGAAAUA